AUGUUUACAUUUACUAGUUUCCUAUUCAUUUAAAACUUGUUAUUACUUUUGGCUUGAAACGUAUUUUUUGUCCAACUCCUUAACACUAAAUGUAUGCCUUUACUAUAUGCUUCAUAAAUGUCAAGGUUGUAUGCUGAAAAUCAAAACACGUAAUGUUUUGAAUAAGUUUGUAAAUAGUUAGGCUAUGUUGUGUAUUGUGCAUAUUUAUUAUAAAAGAAAUAAGUAACAUAUAUAACUUAUACAUUUUAUUAAUGUGCGUGGUGUUAUAAUUUUUAGCUACUGAUAGGUUUUUUUUCUGAAAUUAAAUCAGAAUAAUUUGUAAGUGUUAUAACCUUUGAAUAAAGUGUUUUGUUUUAGUGUUACAGCUGCCAUUGUCAUGGAUACUAAUAUGACCUGUAACAGUAAAAUAAUAGAAGAUCCUGGAUUAUAUCAGAAACCACCAGAUUUGAUACCAGACACAUUAUCUUCAGUUAGAGUCACUGGAAGUUUAACUAUUCCAGAGGAUCUUACUCAAGAGGACAUCCAUUCAGUUAUUACUGUGGCCAGAGUGGAGAACUUCUGUCGUAUCUGUGGCAUGGAGAAUGAUCAGAAUAACUUGGUGUAUAUAUUUGGAGCCAGUGGUAAUGAUCUUGAACUUCAAAGGAAAAUCAUCAUGCACCUUCAUUUACAGGUGGACAAAGAUGAUCAGCUGCCCCAGCAAGUUUGUAACAAUUGUGUCUGCCACCUCAAUAUCUGCCACCAGCUGUUUGAAAUCAGUCAUGCUGCUAACUCGAAGUUGCGCCAGUUGUUCCUUCUUCCCCAGAUGACAGAAAAUGGAGAACUGUGCCUGAAUAUGCCAAUUGAUAUCAUAACUGACUUGGAAGCCUUACAUGAUGAGGUCCAACCUGAAGUUCAUAUAGAGGAUGGAGAGGCAUCAACAUCCGAAAUUAAGAGCUGUGUCAGUAACAAGGAACAGGAUUCUUCUGUACAGUCUAAUAUUCAUUUAUUUGAGGGAAAAAAUAGUGGAACCCCAGAAAAUACCAAGUCAGUAACUGUUGAGAAGGUAGAAAAUCUUGCGUCCUUACUCUGUGACGUUUGCGGCAAACACUUUAAGGCCCCUGCCAAUCUACAAGUGCAUAAACGCACACACCUAGAUGAAUCUCUCAAGAAGAAACAUCACUGCUCUGUGUGUUCAAAGUCUUUCAGAUCUCACUUCCACCUCUCAGAGCACAUGAACUACCACAGGGGAGUGAAACCAUACAGUUGUAAUGUCUGUGGCAAGGGGUUCCACAGCACAGCACAGCUGCGUCAGCACACAGAAGUGCACGCACAAGAUGAGAAGAAACAUGUGUGCACAGUGUGUGGAGUGCGGUUCAAUCGAAGAAGUAACAUGCGGUUACACUUAAAGAUUCACGCAGAGGGUCGCAGCUUCCGGUGUCGCCUAUGUUCUCAGACGUUCCCAACCUUAAACGCCAUGAUGUCACACAGGAAGUCACAUUCUCAGGAGGAUAUCAAGAGGAGAUUGAGUCUCAAUUUGGUGAAGAAUAAAGAUUGCAUAUAUACAUGUGAGGUGUGCGGGAAGGUGCUAACAGACAAACGCUCACUAGCAACACACCUAGACCUCCACAGGCAAGAAGAAAGCAGUGGCUUUCAGUAUAAAUGUGAGGAUUGUGGGAAGGUGCUACGCUCCAGACAGACACUCGCCUACCACCGACAGUCGCAGCACUCUAUUGAGCGCCGUUUCCAUUGCUCUUAUUGUUCAGAAGGUUACAUGACACAGAAGUUGCUGCAAGCUCACGAGCGUACGCAUACUGGCGAGAAACCUUUCAAAUGUGAAGUUUGCUGGAAGGGGUUCAGAUCUAGGAGCAAUCUAGCACAACACAUGAUGAAACACAAAGGGGAACGGAACUUCGAAUGUACCAUUUGUGGAAAGUGCUUUUUUAGAAGAGGAGCUCUAACUGUGCACCAUAGGAAGCACACAGGAGAGAAGCCAUUCAUUUGUGAUAUAUGCGGCCGACCGUUCAGUCAGAAGAAUGACAUGCUGAAACACCAGAGAAGUCACAGUUCUUGUGAUGGUGUUAAGAAACAAAUCACAACUGAAGUAGUCAAUGACUCUAAAGACACUGUCAAUGUUAUCCCACUAAUUAUCACAAACAAUGUGUUUGAAACCCACAUUAUAACGGAGGACGGGCAAAAAAUUGUUUUCACAUCAGUUGAGGCUUUAGGUGAUGUCAAUACUGAAACGAUCCCAUCCAAUAUUGUUUAGUUGAGCAUUCAAGAUUUUUUUAUAUUUAUUAAUUGAAUACAACUAAUAUAGUUGCCUUUUGUAACACAAAAUGUCCAAUGUUACAAUAUUCAUAUUAAUUUAUACAUUCAAAACACCACUUAAAUGUUAAAGAAGCCUUAUCUACAGGAUGUCCAUAAAUUUCUUUAUGAAACUUCAUCAAUUGGUUUGUAAGGUCAAAAUAAGUAAGAUAAAUUAUCACUGAAAAAAUCAACUGAAAUUUCUAUCGAUUGGUUUCAAAACAACGGUUUGAAAUUUAAAAGUUCUAAAACACAUUUCUUCAUUUCACACAUCCCAUUCCAAAAUUGAUGCUUUUUCCGACAUUAGAUUACCAACUGGAGAUAUUUGCACAAUUUCUAAUACAUAAACAUUUCUAGGAACUGGAUGACAUCCUGAAAUGGGAGCUUCAGAUAAAUAAAUAUGCUUACAAAAAACUGUCUUAUUAGCAAGUCAAUAUUUUUCUUAAAGAUUAUAUAUGUGUUGACAGACAGACAGAUCACAUUAGCUGUAUACCAGAGUUAUUUUAUUUCUCUAAUAAGGUGUAGUAUUAUCUUUUUGGGAGGAGCAUCAAACAAUGAAUUAAUUUUUCUUCUUUAAAAAAGGUUACUGGAUUAGUUAUACAACCUAACUGCAAACAACUCUGACACCGGGUGUCAACCCCGAGGUUCUUUGCAUACUGUGAUGGUUUAAGAUAGAAUUAGGUUUCUUGUGUUAUAAAGAUGUGAUACUAUUGUUAUGUAUAUUUAUAUGAAAAUACAUUGUGUAAUUGCCUUUGUGCUACAAUGUUUGUUACUAUUGAGAGUGUUUAUUAUUGUUAUGACUUGUAGUAUACAGAUUUUAGACUUCUUUAUUUUUACAUUGAUUUGUACAGUAUUACAUAACUAUUGUAUUCUAUUUUAUAUUAUAUAAUUAUUAUAAUAGUAUUAUAAAUAAUUGUGUUAUAAUAGUAUAAUGGUAACCAUAUUGUUCGAGGUUGAAGAAAAUAACUAUUAUCCUUGGUAAGUGGCAUGAACCUGAGCAUACUAUAGUAAACAUACACAUAAAUUGCUUUGUGCAGCACAACUCACCACUUACCUGUCACUACUGUCCUUACUCCCCAUAGAUCAGUGAAACAUAAUGGAAUUAGUAACAGCUUAUUGUAUAAAACAGCUGUUUCAAGCCCUGUGUUUGAAACACAGUUUGAACUUCAUAAAGUUCAAACUGUGUGUUACACCCUUACUAUUUAACAUGAAGCUUAUGUGUUACAAAACAAUCACAUAAUAAAUUAUUUACUUUCUGUAAAAAAUUAUAUUUUUUGUAACAAAUUUUAAAUUUUAUUGGCUAAAUUAAGUUGUGAAAACAAAUGAAUUGAAAAUGUGUUUAAAUAUAUCUACGAGGCACUUAAUGGUGUUAAAUAUUGGGGACUGGACGAUUUGCUUUCUCUCGUGGGUUUUAGUAUUUGAGCAAAAAUACUUUUUUGGCUUAGAAAUCUUAAAAUUACUUACUCAUUAAAUAAUCAGUUUACAAUUUAAUCAUUAAGUAAUGAUGUCAAAUGUUACUAUUUAAAUACAUGCUAAUGUAACUUCCAAUUUGGAAUUUAAUAUUAACUUUUUGAUGAAUACAAAUAUAUUGAUGAUGCCCUUCUGUCGUACUAUGUGUUUCACAACUAUAAUAUAAAAUUAAAUUAAGUAUUAUUUUGAAGUGUGGCGAUGAUGACGACACCUCUGUCUAAUUUGACAACCUAACAAAUUGUACCAAGCUUACAGUAUUCCUGUAAGUUCAGACUGUGAGACUGAACCCUAAGGCUAGGGACACAGUCCCGGUUACCGGGAUGCCGGAGAUGAUGAGAACAUGUAGUUUGUUGAAGAGCGCACACACAAUGCCGGUGCUGUGCGGCACGCAAGCAUGCUACCGGCGACCGGGAUCCCUGCAGCCAGUGAAAAUCGGGUUGGCAAUACAAAACACUUGAUAUCUGUCGUGCGUGCUCACACAGUGCCGGCCGCCGGGUCCCGAUUCCAGUCAAGUCUGUGUGUCAGUGGUGUAGCUGAUGUGGUGUGCUGCUGGUUUGUGUAUCGUGUUUUACUGUCGAGGGUAGUGUAAAGUUGCGAUAAUGUUUGAUACAGACAAAUUUAUAGAAUGUGUCCACGGUAUUCCAGCGUUAUGGAACAUUUUUCAGCUUUAGCAUCUACAUUGAAUGGAUGAACCCAAUGUACCCUAUUUCGUUGUUUUGGUAAUUCAUUUAGAGCCUCUAAACAACAAACUAACUUCACUUUGGAUAGCAUGAUUCGUUCCGAACAACACUCAAAGGUUAACUGAGAGACAAUUUGGUGUUUAUCGCCAGGACUGUGUGGCCAGCACACAACAAACCAUUUACCGGCAACCCGGUGGUCGGCAUCCCGGUAACCGGGACUGUGUGUCCCUAGCCUAACAAUAUAUCUGGUUCCUCAUUUUGAUUAUUUCUUUGUGUAUGAUAAGGUAUACUGUUUUUUUUUUUUUUAUGCAUCACAGCUUGUCUCUUUAUUUUAGGUUCAAUAUUAAACCUAAAAAUAGAAAAAGAAAGUAAAAACCUUCUGAUAUUAUUCUUAAAAGAACAUAUUUUAUAUAUUUAUCUAUACUCUAAAGAUUUUACACAUUAAACAAUAUUUCAUUGGAUUAUUUAGUUCAUAUAAUUUAUUUUAAUUGUUUGGAGGAAGGUCAACCUCAGAUUUCCUUUUAGCUGAGUAAUAUCCAUACCUACCGUCAGCACUCAAUACACAUCACUAUCCACAGACAAAUAUUACCAUUACAUUCCUUGAUCCCAAUACACAAAUCACGUAAAUUAAUUUAAUUUAGAAUUGAUUAUUGUACUAGGUAUAUCCAGAAAGUAAGUAUACUGAGGCUCUCACAGCCGGAAGGAUUAUUUUCUCAACAUGUUGGUUACACUGCUGUGUAGUCUGAUUCCUCCCCUCCACAACGAGACCGGCUCGAGAUCAAUACAUUGAGAUUAUUCAGCAAGUUUGGUUUUAUUCAUAUAGAGCCAUUUUUUAGUUUUUCUUUUCUACAGUUUUAAAAUUUGUAUUUGCAUUUUAUUUUCAUAAUCUACUACAUUUAGUCAUUGUAAUAUGCUUUCUGCUUUCUUACAUUUUUUUUAUUUCCGAUGACGGAAUGUGAUUGGGCAGUGAUCUGGUGACUAGUUCUCAAACUUAUCAGGUUUUCCACUGUUUCAGAGCCAAUAAGCAUUUGAUGACAAUAUUAAACCACUGUGUACAUUUUGUAAGUGCAAAGCUCACUGUUUACAUACAAUUAGAUCAAAUUAUUUUAAAAAAACAGCUGCUGGAACUUACUGCCCAAAAUUGAUGUUUUUAGAUGCAAUUAUUGUAUUGAUAUUUGAAGCUCAAUAAAUGUAUUAAUUAAA